AUGCAAGGCGCCAAUUUAAAAGUGCUCCCCUCCACGCGUGCAGCCGCCAAGGAGUUGGUGGACCCACUCGACAUCACCAAUGUUGGCUGGUCAACACUGGAGCCAAAGUUUGACGAGUUGAUGCAGUUAAUGGAUGCGCCAUCUAGUGGCAUCAACGCUCUUGCAGCCAGGUCGGCGCAUCGCGAAAAGGUGGGUGCGGUCAUUGAGCAGCUGCUGACGCGCGCACAGGAUGAAAGCAGACGGUUGCUUGUGGAGGGAAACGGAGAGGCAGCAGCGGAGGCAGGCGUGAAAACGCUUCGCUUGAAGGAGAGGUUCUAUGGAAAGGGAAGCGUAAAGCUUGUGCCAGCGCACUUCCAUCUUGCUCGAACGAACCAGUUUUUGAAACGUUACGGGAAUGCGGAGGAAAUAUUAUCCCUUGCGCACUUUAUUAUCCUUCAGAAUCCAGAUGAAGCAGAUGCGACCAUAAAAGCGGAACUCCACCAGACAUUUGGACUACUGUAUGCCGCGGACAAUAAACUAGAUGUUUCUGUUAAGCACCUAACCUGCGCCACGUAUUAUCUAAGUGUAAUGAAUGGCCCAGAGCAUGUACUGACAACCUUUGCUUAUUUUGACUUGGCCAAUGUUUUUGCCACCAAGGCGUGCAUGGAGGCGGCGAUGGCACUUUACGAUACGGUGAAAAACAUCUGGCUGAAACACUUACGUCGAGUACUCAAAGACAUUGUUGAUGAAACGAUGGCAGCUAAGCUCGUUAAGCGUUAUGACGAUGAUGAAGUCACACAUGAGGUCGGCCACGCCUCAGCACGGGCAUUUGGAAAGGAAAAUCUCGCCGAUGUAUCCAAAAUGUUGUUUGGUAUUUUUAGCAUUCAGAAAGAGCGCCUCACCAUCUCACAUCCAACGACAGCACGAGCGCAAUUUUUACUGGGUUUGUAUCUUUUGUGGGUGAAUAAAAACGAUGAGGCAGCAGAACACCUUCUUUCAGCUCGCACAACAUCACAGAAAUUUUAUGGUGAAAGACAUCCAAUUGUGCAGGACAUCGAGGACUGGUGUAUUUGGUUUGAGAUACCCUUCAGAGGUGUUGCCGCGGAGCAGUAG